UUUGCGCGCGCCAGUCGACUCCAUCUGCUCUCCUCCCUGCCGCCUCCGCCCACAGUUGCAGCAGCGCUCCUCCCUGCCGCCACCGCUGUUCAACCUCCACGCUCGUUCCACACCACCGUCAUCUCGCACUGGACCACUCGUCGUGUCGCGCAGACAGUGAUCUUUGCUCCCUCGCAGGCUGGACCAGCAGCCAGACGCUCGCCGCUCUUUUCUUCCCGUGCAGGGGUGGCUCGGACAGCAGAGUCGAUACACUGCGUAUCUGGUGGGCGCGCGUGCACGCUCGGACCGCCGGACGUGGUUUACCUAAUACCCGCUUGCGGUGCACGUCCACGGUGCGCUGGUGGUAAACAAGGACUCGCCGAUGCUGUAUCGCCCAUACAACCCCCAACCCAUGCCGUCGCCACAGCUUCCCCUGGCUGGGCCCUCCCUUCCCUCCGCCCGCCACAGACCGCGCACGCUUUCCCUCCAUUCCUACGACAGCCACCCCCGACAUGGGGAUCAAACACAUCCGCCGCGCAAGUAUACAGACCCCGUUCCACAUGCAUCGCCCAGCCAGCGCGAGGCCCAGGGACAAGACCAAGAGCUCGACGUGGAUCUUGACGCGUAUUCGGCCGCCGACUUUGAAGCUGAUGAAGACUCGCCGGACAGGGAUCCCACCCUGAGCUUUGUGACGGCUUCGACCAUCGAUUCCGUGGCUGGCGGCCCACAAGUAACGACGACAUAUGGCCACUCCUCCCGUAUGGCAGAUGCCAAGGGUGAGCAGGAACCUAGCUUAUCUAUGCGCUCGACAAGUGGUCGCGCUACUACAUAUUCCUCGGCCGAAUCGUCUACCGGCUCCGGCGCCUUUUCCUACCACACCUACUCUGAUCACAUCUAUACUCCCCCGCCACCCCUUCCCCAAGUACCAGAUGGAUACAACUCUUCGGAUUCGCCAGGUAUGGCUGCCGAUUAUCCCAUCCCACGUAGUAACGCAGAUCAAUCCCAUGCUCGUCAGAUUCGUCCUCCCCUUUCACCCUCACAUUCCUUUACACAUAGACCAUGGAAACGCGAUAUCGUCAACCGUUUACGAAGCGACUCGGCAUCAUCGGCUUUCACUGCAGCUUCAGUGUCUACGGACAACUCGGCUGCAUCGUCCAGUCGGAUUCCACUGCCAGAUGCGGCGUAUCACUAUGCGUAUGAUGACUUUACGUUGCCCUACGAACAGGAGCAGGCUGAGCCUGAAGCCCUUGCGAUGAUCAAGGAAGGUAGAGAAAAGCUCUUGAAUAUGGAGAAGAUUGAGGCAAUGGGUGGCGCGGAAGCCCUUGGUGAUAGCGUGAUUUGCUCUCUGGCCGGCGUGACACAUCUUCUUCUACCAUCAUGUGGACGACGAAUACUCGAUCUCCUCCCACGUUUGCUAUCGGUACUUGCGCCGUCAUUGGUGGUAUUGGACCUGUCCGAUAAUAAUCUGGCUCGUUUACCUGAUUCACUUCAGUGUUGCACUUCAUUGGAAGAGCUCAACCUGUCGGAAAACCCUUUGAGACUUCUCCCACAGUGGAUGGGAAAUCUGACCGCUUUGAGAGUACUCGUGGUAGACGGAUGUGGACUUACGGUUCUACCACAAGGGCUGUGCCACCUAUGUUUCCUGCAUACCAUCUGUGUCCGACGGAACAAACUGGUGUGUUUACCAACAUGGCUUUGUCUUUUGAAUCAGUUGGAGACGCUCAAGGUCGAUGGGAAUCCUUUCACCCCUGAAUGGGCUCAGAUUGUGCCUCCUAUCCUGGAAGGUCCCUUCCCGAUGACGGCGUCCAGCUCGAGGAGACGAAAUGCCCAUCAUCGACAUCUCUCCAUCAAUAAUGGUAUUCGCACUCCGGUUUCUAUGGCAUCUUUGGAAAGCUCUGACCAAGAACCUAACUCGGCUUCGUCAUCUACCCCCAACCUCGACCAAUCAUUUGGCACUGCUUCUUCUUCUGCGUCCCAGUCAACAUAUCUUGUGUCGGCUUUGAGCUCAAUUGCCGAAAACAACCUCCAUUCCGCUCCUCUUCCCGAAACUCAUGCAAAUGGUGAGGCCUUGGCUUCCCCUGGACCAGUGACGGAGACGCCUCAAUCUCACGGCGGCUUGCGAAAGAUGCGCUCGGCGGGUGCACUCCUAAGAUCUCUCGACCAAUCGGCUUCGAACACCACUUCGAAUUUUACACCGCCGCGUCCAGUGAUCGCUGAGCGUUCUGCUACAGAAGGGCGGCGGGCUGCGAGCGCGAUGGGUAAUUACCACGAGGAACCUCAGAUCCAUCCAGGAAAACUCGUCAAGUCUUCUACUCCGAAAACCACUACACCACCGACUAAGACUGGCAGAUGGGGAUUCCUUCGUAAAAUGUCCAUGAAUCGACUUCGACCGGAUAAGGAAAAAGUAGCUGCCAUCGCCGCUUCAGCCUCUGACAACCUCAAGUCCCUCCCGCCCCUUCCUCCCAUUCGUCACCAACAUUCCGAGCCUAUACAACAUGUCACCAUCCGCCCAGGAAUGGUUAGCACCAUGUCCGCAGCCACAUUGCCAAGCCGGAAGAUAGCAGACUUUGAGGGGUCAGAGUUUGGCCAAAUGAGCAGCUGUUCAACACCCUCGGCAUUGACAAUGCCUAUAUCGGGGCUGCCAUACCAGCCGUCUCCCAUGUCAAUUGCUUCGAUUGGGUUCGGGUCGGCAUUGCGAGGAAAGAGGCGGAGUUUCUUACCGAUUGAUGGGCCACCUUCAAUCAAUGUCCAGAUCCCUACGUCUGCCUUCUCGACCGCAGGUAGUGCAGAUAACAUUUCGCAACUAGCCACUGAAGCACCCACUUCCCAAACCACAGCACUACCUUACACCCCAGCCCAGCCUAUGGUUGGAUCUCCCGUCACGGAUACCGAGUAUGAAGAAAGGUAUACCAGGGGACUUGAAACUAUAAAGCUUAUUCUUCGUGAUCUCCACGACUUGUCCAGGCGUUCAAUUAUGCCUCGUGAUGGGUCCACAGUCAUGGGUAAUAGCAGUGCGGAUAGCAGUUACGCCGGCUCUACCGUUCCCUCCGAACACCCGGGCUCCCCCUUAUCCUCAAAUCGGGAUUCGUUUAUCAAUGUUCGACAGGCUAGGCGGCCGACUCUUGAAGGCGGAGACUCUAGAGAUUCGCCGGCGGCUGAUUCAGAAGAAUUUGGUGAAAGAGAACCAUCCUUAUCCGGCAAAAAGUUCAAGAAUGACAAGUCAAAGCGAACAAGAUGUAUCCAUGAGAUAUGGGAAACCGAGAGGACCUAUGUUCGGAAUCUAGGUGAAUUGGUGACCAUCUACGUUCGACCAGCCUCCCAACCUGUCAACCAAAGCAAAUCCGUUGUGGAGACUGUUAUCCCUGCUGCUGAGCGCAAAAUCGUGUUUGGCGGCGUGGAGAGCAUCCUUGCCAUUCAUCGAGAUAAUUUCUUGCCCGCCUUGGAAACGGUUUUGAAACAGUUGAUCGAAAAUGGGGAUGACGAAAAGGGCAUUUUGUCUAUCGACACUGCAUACAGUGUCGGCGAAGUUUUUAGGACUUACAUUGCCUACAUGAAGCAGUAUUCCACGUAUAUCACGAAUUUCGAUAACGCACUGGCUCGAAUGAAGACUUGGUCAUUGUCAAAUUCUGGUAGCUCGACCCCUGCAUUCUCGGGCAAAUCGUCAGCCGCAAAUGCCUCUGUGAACGCAUUGUCUGCUGGAAUGGGCGCUGUCUCGCUGUCAGCAUCAGCAGUUCCAACAACUUCCGGGCAAUCUAUGUCAUCGAGUCAAAGGAAACGAGUCAAGGCUUUCCUGAAAAAGGCCAGGGAGCACCCCAUGCAUUCCCAAAUCAGUCUGGAAAGCUAUCUGCUUUUGCCGAUUCAAAGGGUUCCUAGGUACAAGCUGCUUCUCACUGAACUUGCCAUGUGCACGCCUGCCCGCUCUGACGGUCUGCGAGACGCUCUGGAUGACGCGCUCACUGAAAUUUCUAGCCUUGCCUCACUCAUGAACGAGGAAAAGCGUGACGCCGAUUCUCGAUUGCGUCUUCUCGAUUGGCAAAAACGAUUCACAAAUUCGGGGCGCUCUCCUCUUGUUCAGCCUCAUCGUCGCCUUGUCAUGGAAGGCCCACUUACACUGUCUCGUAUCGUCAAAAAAGCUUCUACGUUUGUAGAGUGUGAGACUGUGGUCAAAGGCGAUGGGGACCACACGAUCAUGCCCGGCAAGGCCGUUGUCCCAGUUGACUAUGUCAUGCCAGAAUCCGUAGAGAGAGAAGUGAUGUUGAUUUUAUGUUCUGAUAUGAUGGUGCUGGCGACAGAUAGGGGAGAAGGGUGGGACGGGCAUGUGAACGUUUUCAACGUAUUGAGGAUGGCCACAAUGCAGGAACCUGCUAGCUUAACGGCUGGCAAUAUCUUGAGGGUCGUGGAUAAUAACUCGAUUUAUUAUUUUAGAGGAACAUCUCGUGAAAAUACGUUGCAAUGGUGUAGGGCAAUCAACUCUGCUCGGCGGUGAUAUUGAGGUGGAAUGGAUUAGUAAUCAUCAGAAAUGGAUAUUUGCAAGGGAUACGGUUGGCCCGUCUAUCAUUUUUUAUGAAAUUUCAUGCGAUAGCUUUACGAUUUUUCAGGUUAACGACCCUUUUGAGGUAGACUUGUGUACUCUUUUUUUUUAUCUGUAACAGUAGUAGAAUAGCCUGAUGAUAUCCGAGGCGUUGACGAUUGCCAACAGCAUGUAUGGCCUGGCCUGC